UCCGGGGCGUUCCGACGCACGGUGGGACUCCGGAUGGGUCGCAGUCGUAGCCGCUCCCCGCGAAGGGAACGUAGGCGGUCGAGGUCCACAUCCCGGGAGAGGGAACGUCGGCGCCGAGAAAGGUCGCGUUCUCGGGAGAGAGAUAGAAGAAGAAGCCGUUCGAGGUCCCCACACCGAAGGCGCUCCAGAUCCCCAAGACGACAUCGAUCCACAUCUCCUUCCCCUUCUCGACUGAAAGAAAGAAGAGAUGAGGAAAAGAAAGAAACAAAAGAAACAAAGAGUAAAGAACGUCAGAUUACUGAAGAAGACUUAGAGGGAAAAACGGAGGAAGAGAUAGAAAUGAUGAAGUUAAUGGGGUUUGCUUCUUUUGACUCCACAAAAGGGAAGAAGGUAGAUGGUUCUGUAAAUGCCUAUGCCAUAAAUGUGUCUCAGAAGAGGAAGUAUAGGCAGUACAUGAAUCGAAAAGGUGGAUUCAACAGACCUUUGGAUUUUAUUGCAUGAGAAUUGAAGAAUGAUUUUUUCCUUCAUCUUGGUGGAUUUUGUAUUUAAUAUGCAUCAAAAACAAGAUCUCAGUUCUUCCUUCUUAUAAAGUAAGAAAAAUCUUAUUUAUGAUGUACACAAUUGACUUUUAUCAAAAGAAGAUAAGUAAAUGUUACUUUUUGUUUUCAAGGAAAUAUCAUUUGGAGCACUCAUCCGCCCUCUUUUGUUUGUCCUUAUUCCUGUGGAAGCUAUAUGUGUUUUCUUGAAUGCUGUUAGGACU